GCAAGCAGGGAAUGGAUAGAGGAGAGAGAGUGAGAGAGAGUAGCAGUAAAAGACUAAUUAACAGAUAGAGUGAUACUGAUUUAAAUGGAUACAAACAGGUGAAGAGAGGAGUCAUUGUCAGAGCAGCUUCAUACUGAUAUCUGACGUAAAAGAGAAGGAGGUGAUGGGAUUAUGGAUUAGGAUUUUGGGACUCCAGAAGAACACUGACGUUCACUUCGGCUACAGAGACUACUGAAGGGGUUUCUACAACAGAACCACUCUAAAAAAAUUCCGGCAGUGCUCUCCUGCUCUGUCUGUAUCCAUGACGGAGAUUCCAGGCACAGUGCAACCAAACCAGCUGGACCAGCAGACUGGCUCUGUGGAGGCGGCUGAGGUGGAAUGCCCCAUCUGCUACCAGGAAUACAACCAGGGAGGGAAAUGCCCCCGCAUGCUGGAGUGUCUUCACGUGUUCUGCACUGAGUGCUUACAGAGGAUCCAGCUGUCACCCACCCAGCCGCCCGAUCCCCACAGCCCCCCAUCGAUCUCCUGCCCCCUGUGUCGCCAUCCCACUCCCCUGGAGAUGGGGGACGCCCUCUCCCUCCCCUGCAACUCUCGCAUUUUGGCCCAGCUGCCCCCGCUGGCAUUCCGUAUGCCAGUCUCCGUCUCCACCCGUCUGACCACCAUCACCCAACGGGUGGUGCUGUCCCUGGAGUCUCGGGACGCUCGCUUCAUCAUCCUGCCCACGGUCAGCCUGCGCGUGGAGCAGAUGGGGACAGGAGAGGAGCACCGCCCCCCAGCUCCCUCUGCUGGUAGUUUAGAGGUACAGCAGGAGCAGCGGCGGGCCCUGGUGUGUGUCCAGCUGCUGGCCCUCAUCUUCUGGAUCCUGUUCGUCUUGACCUGUGUUGUGGGCGUGGUCUUCGGGCCAAACUUCUUUCACAACUAGAGCAAGGCCAAGGAUCACAAAAUGGAAACAAGCCAGUAGUAAUACUCAAAUAUAUCCUCCAGUGAAAAGUGAAAUUCUUUCUAUUAGUUUCCUUUUGGAUUCAAAUCAUGUAGCAGAACGCCCUUGUUGAAUGAGACAUACAUCCACCUGUCUGUACUCCUGAAUUUCACCUGCUCACAAAAUGACCUGGAAACCCUGCAGGGAUACACUAUAAACAUGACUGAUAAUUUCAUCCAGGUUCCAUGUUUUAAUUUUUUUGUGUGUUUUUGGCACUUAUUAGGCACAGACAAUGAUUGACACCAAUGUUUACAAGCAAUGCUCACAUGCUAAAUACAGUUUGAUCACUUACUACUGUGGACAUGCUGCAGUAUUUUAAAAGGUUGUACAGGGGAAUGUUAGGUUUUGUUAGAAGCAGUGUGAAAUACCCUAAUUAAAAAUGAGAGCAGUUAUAUAACAUUUAACCUUCCCAAAAAAAUGUAAUUAAAAAAAAUGUUAUUCAUGAUUUAACUAAUUGACUCAUCAUGGUCUUCAGUCAUGACCUUAAGUACAAUCAGGUGCUAACCUGCUUUAUAUGGAUCCAUUUUUCUUUUUCCUGCAGUUCUUUUCAUUUUUUCCUUAAGAUCAGCGACUGAUUCAGACCCAAGAAAACCGGUGACCCGAAACGAAUCAGUUGCUUUAACUGAUCAAUUGAUGUGCUACUCAAGUGCUGAUUAUUGAAAACCAACAGAUGCUGAGGCUCUUUAGGACCAGGAGCGUGGACCACUGUCUCAAAUACAUGCUUUUUGCAGCAUUUAAACUUCCAUCUAUCUUCACUUUCCUUCCUGACUCUCUCAAUAUUAAAUUAACUAGUUGUUUUAAUAAAUGUCUCAGUUAUAAACUCAAUUGAAUUGGUCACUUGACUGUGCCAUUGGAGUGCCUAUGGGGACCCCUGGUGGAUAACCAUUGACAUACAAGUUCAAAUCUCUGCAGGUCACUUGUGGAGACAAACUGGUGGCCCUAGGUAAAGCUACCUCUGACAGCCUCACUGCCUCUUAUUGGUUGAAAAAAUGACUUAAUUUUGUUAUUUUAGCUUUAGCUUGUUCAGAUAAUAUUUUAGAGCGCUUUUGGGUACCACUGAAACUUUUUACUCAGUGUCUAGAAAAAUAAACCAUGUACACACUCUCCAACCUGAUUUAGUGAGUGAUGAUAUAUUCGGUUUUAUUCAGCUCCACAUUGUGCAUGGGUGAAAUUAGGGGUGCGGUCCAUUACUUUUGACUCCUCACCGCCUUUCCUCCACUCUCCUACUACCACUCAUCUCCUGCCCGGAAGUAUGUGGAGGGAAGGAGAAGACAAGUUUGACGUUGCUUCGCUAAUAUAGUUCUGUGCACUUCGCUCGUCUCCUCCAAAAUUGGAACACUGGAGGGAGGGAGGAUACAAGAUUGGCUUCCGGGACAAGGUGGUAGUGGAGGAAAGGAUGAUACAUUUUGAUACAAGUAUUGGGAUGCACCCUAGACAUGAUUCGAUGGUACUGUGAUAGAUGGGAAGAGGGCCCCGCAAUGACAUAGAGUUUUGUCUGCUCAGGGAGUCUGCUCUGUUCACCUUGUUAGCAUAAGCCCAUGUCAAUGCAAGAGCUCUAGGAUUAACUGAGACUGAUGUUGCAAAACAGAUGUAAGUCAAUUAUGUUAUUGAUUUUACAAAUACAUUUUUUGCAACAAUUUAAAUGUAAUUUUUUUUUUUGACAAAAAUGUAGCAAUUAUGAAGCAUUAGGUCAUACCAGCUAAUUGCUUUAACUUUUGACUAUAUAUUGAUAUUAUGUAUGUGUGUUACAAUAUAUGAAUUAUACUUUUGUGUAAUUUGUCUCAAGCUAUGUUUAAGGUCACCCAGUUGAAUUUGUAAAUUUGUAAAUCCCUUUGCAACAUAAAAUCUGUUUGUAGUGUGAUGAACUGUUAACUGAAUUUUUUUUCAAUCAUAGGUGGGAGGUAUCUCUCCAGAGCAAAAGUAUGGAGGGUUGGCUCUAGGUGGUAUAAUUUUGCACUGAGAUUGAAAACGUGAUUAUCUUUCAUUUUUAUCAAUUAUGUGUUUCACGCAUGCAAUUCUUAAUUCCACGCACUAACCAUGUUCACUGCCUAUCUGAAGUCAAACUCAGAACAUGUUCCCAGACCAUGAACAGUCACAGAAUGUUCAGGGCAUAUACUUCUGGACUUUCUCGGUUCUGGCCACCACCAGCCUGGCAAGUCAUGCUCCCUGUGUUGCAAAGGCAUGGAGCCCACAGUUAAGCCUGAGGCUUCUGGGUGAGUCAGGAAAAGUGACAGUUCACUAGAUCACUAAAGAGGCAAAGCGGUUUGAUCAGGGUCCUGUACUGAAAGCUCCUACGUGACAUCAGUAUCACCAGUCUAAAAUGACCAUCUAACAGAACCUGGUCUGAGACAUCAGACGUAUAAGAUGGGGUAAGGAGAAAUGUUCAGUAUCUGCAACAGCAGUCACUACCUCCCCCCCAGUUCGAAAUUUUUAAUUGAGAUAGAAUGGUCAUACGAUCUCAGUAUGGAGAGAAUACACUGUUUGGAUCAUGAUAGGGCAGCCGAAGGAACAAGCAGAUUAUGGAGCCUAUCUCCUGUCCAAGGGGAAGGACAAGUCAGAAUCCAGUAAAAUCAAGUGAUUUGUCAUUGCUGUUCAGGAUAAACUGUCAAUGUAUUCCCUCAUGGUGUUAGUUAGACUAACAAUGUUAGUCCUUGUGGUGGAC